GCACUCCGGUAUGUAUACCCUCCCGAAGGCAGAGACCAGAGAGAAUGUUCUCACUGGUCACAGCCAAGCUCUUAGGACACAGAACAAAACAAAAGGAAAAACCUCAUCCUGUCUUUACAUAGAGGAUCCACAGCAAAGUUUGUCUCAAGAGAUGCCAUUUUCUGAGGCCAGCUGGAACAGUAAGCUUAUGGGGCCUAUGUCUGUGUUCUGCCCUAUGGUAAUUCCUUUUUAUGACAAUACAAAAGACACAGAGAAAGGAAAACAAAGACAAUCGCUGGGAGAAAAUGAAUCAAUAACCAAAGACUACUCUAUCAAAUUUUUACCAAGAGUUGCUAAACCCAAGGAUUUUGUUCCAUGGUUUCUUCUGCUAGUCUGAAUUUAGAGAAAGAAAAGAUUCUCCUUACUCUAGAUCCACUGGAUUCCACACACACAGAUUCCAGGAAGCUGACAUGGUACGAAAUCUUACCUUUGGCCAGUUGUAUGUCAGAUGUCCCAGGAUCUCUCAGGGGCUGCAGUAUCUGGAGCAAGUGAUGUCCAGUGAGUUAAAGUACCCUGGCAACUACGCCAACAGAAGGGAAGGAAAAAUUCUUCUUUACUUGCAAGCUCUUCCAGCUGGACUAAGAAUUAAACUGACAUGAGACAGAUUAACAGGAGAAAAAAAAAUAAAGUUUCAUUACAUGUGCAUGGAGGCCCAGUUAUGGAAUUGAGACCUCAAGAAAUAACCAAGGCCCCGUAUCUGAAUUCCUCAGGCAGUUUAGGGAGAGUCACAAUUAAAAUGCAAUAAAGGAGGAAGACUCCAGAAACCACAUGAACUGAUGGACUAAAAAUCUGCCGUGCCACAGAAACCCAAGACGGAUGCAAAGAAUUUCUCUUCAUGGAAGCUGCUUUCUGCUUUGUGCUCCUGCCUUGUGGUAUUGAUUAGUGCACAAGACUCUCCUGAAUUUAUGAAUGCACAGCAAGAUGUUCUUCAGCUCUUGGUGCAUCUAGCAAGAUGAAUGCCAGUGAGAACCAACAUUUUCCAGAUGAUAAAGGUAUCAAGAGUAGAUCAAGAUUCUGAGAUGCAGGUCCUGAUUUCUGAAACCAAGUUGCAACAGGAUAAAGUGUGCAUAUCAACCAGCAUAGGCUGAGUUAUGGUGCAAUAACACAAACCCUCACAUCUUUGUGGCUUUUUUUUUUUCUCUCCCACAUCUUAGUGGCUUUAAACAUCAAAGGUUUAUUUUCCACUUUCAAUACCUGUCCUUUCUAGGUUGGCAGGGUGGCUCUUCCCAUCAGUCACUCAGGUCUUAGGUUGGCAAAGAAGCCACCAUCUUGAAUGUUGUCGGUUGGCCAAGUCCAAAGGGAAAAUGCUCAGGAAGGCCUCACUAGGGCAGUUAACUGCCCAGAAAUGAAUCACACCACUUCCACUUGCUACUCAUUGGCCAGAAUUAGUUGAAUGACACUUCUCAAUGACAAGGGGGCCAGGAAGUGCUGGAGGGGGAGAGAACUGGACUUAGGUGGUAACGAGCUAGUAACCACCACCGUGGUUUGAGGUUGGAGGAUAGCAGGGUGAAUGUCGAUAGAGGAGCAGGUAAUUUAGGGAGAUGGCUGCUGGCUCUGCUGGACUGACAGCUUGCAGUAACACUCCAGACCUCCUCAGGCAUCUGAAACCUCAGAUGGCUGCAGUCAUGUGUAAUCAGCUUCUUCGACAAGCAGGACUUAUUUAUAGCAAAGUUCCAAGUCAGAAAGCCCAAGACUGAGCACUGUUCUCACGAAUUUGUACCAUUCACUACCCCAAUGACCCUCUUGAGCUUGUAUGCCGGAGUGGGAGGGUGAUUUCAGAGUUAUAGGGACCAAGUACUUUAUCCAUGUUGAACUCCUGAGAUUCAGCACUGUUAGUGGAGAAUGGGCACCAUUACUGCCACCUUCCCCUGGUCACUGAUGACCUAACAUCACCCAGAAAUGACUUUCUCCUUUCCUCUAAAUGGGAACAUUUAAAUUAAAGCUUAAUCUGAAUCAAUAAAUUCAGUAAACCCUCCCUCAAUAAGGUAUGAGUAAUGUUACCCUAGUACAUUGCCUUCUCUCCUUCGGCUUGCUUGAAUAAUGGGGAAGGCUUAUAUUUAACUUAAAUAGUCUUUUUUUUUUUUUUUAAAGUAAGCUCUACACCCAAUGGGGGGCUUGAAUUCACAAUCCUGAGAUCAUAAGUCAUGUGCUCUACCGACUGAGCCAGCCAGGCGCCCCUUAAAUGGUCUUUUCAAUAGUUUUUUUAUUUUUAUUUUUAAAGAUUUUAUUUAUUUAUUUGACAGAGACAGAGAUAGCGAGAGCAAGAACACAAGGAGCGGGAGAGGGAAAAGCAGGCUUCCCGCCGAGCAAGGAGCCUGAUGUGGGACUCUAUCCCAAGACCCUGGGAUCAUGACCUGAGCCAAAGGCAGAUGCUUAACAACUGAGCCACUCAGAGAUGAAGGCAGUGAGGCCCGAAGGUGAUUCCAUCCAAGACUCCCAGAGCUCAGGGCGGAGCCAAUCCCUCAGGCUCUACCCCUCUGCUCCCCCCGCACCGGAGUCCCACCGCAGCUCGCGCCGGCACCCCGACUCCGCCCCUCCCACCCUACACUUCCGGGUUCCGCUCCGCCCACCCGUGAGUACUUCCGGUCUCCGGCACCGGAAGCCGCGUCCCUGAGCCGUGGAGCGGCAGCCAUGGGUGCCCGGUGGUGCUGAGAGCAGUGGGGCAUGGCUGCAGUCCUGCAGGUUCUGCCCUGCGUGGCCCGAGCCCCCUUUCGCCCGCUCCUCUCGGGGGGCCCAGUGGUCCGGCAGGCCAGUGGCAUGGCCCUGGCAGAGCAGGCUCAGCAGCUCUUCGAGAGCACUGUGGGUGCCAUGCUCCCAGGCCCCAUGCUGCACCGGGCACUGUCCUUGGAUCCCGGCAGCGGGCUGCUGAAGGUGCGGGACCGGAGCUUUCAACUGCGGCAAAACCUCCACCUGGUGGGCUUUGGCAAGGCUGUGCUGGGCAUGGCCGCUGCAGCUGAGGAGCUCCUGGGCCAGCAUCUCGUGCAAGGUGUGAUCAGCGUGCCCAAGGGGAUCCGAGCUGCCAUGGAGCAUGCUGGCAAGCAGGAGAUGCUGCUGAAGCCACACAGCCGUGUCCAGGUAUUUGAGGGUGCAGAGGACAACCUGCCAGACCGUGAUGCCCUUCGGGCUGCACUGGCCAUCCGGCAGCUGGCUGAAGGUCUUACAGCUGACGAUCUGCUGCUUGUACUCAUCUCAGGUGGGGGCUCAGCCUUGCUGCCCGCGCCUAUUCCCCCUGUGACACUGGAGGAAAAGCAGACACUCACCAAGCUGCUGGCAGCCCGCGGGGCCAACAUCCAGGAGCUGAACACCAUCCGGAAGGCGCUGUCCCAGCUCAAGGGUGGGGGGCUGGCGCAGGCCGCCUACCCUGCCCAGGUGGUGAGCCUGAUUCUGUCAGAUGUGGUGGGGGACCCGGUGGAGGUGAUCGCCAGCGGCCCCACAGUGGCCAGCGUCCACAACGUGCAAGAUUGCCUGCACAUCCUCAAUCGCUAUGGCCUUCGUGCAGCCCUGCCACGUUCCGUGAAGACUGUGCUGGCUCGGGCUGACUCUGACCCUCACGGGCCGCACACCUGUGGCCAUGUGCUCAACGUGAUCAUCGGCUCCAACGCACUGGCACUGGCUGAGGCCCAGCAGCGGGCCGAGGCGCUGGGGUACCGGGCCGUGGUGCUGAGCGCAGCCAUACAGGGCGAUGUGAAAAGCGUGGCCCAGUUCUACGGGCUGCUCGCCCGAGUGGCUGGAGCCCACCUCACCCCGCCUGGGACUGCAGCCUCCGUGGAGCAGGAGGAACAACUCCACCAGCUGGCAGCUGAGCUCCAGCUCCCGGACCUGCAGCUAAAGGAGGCUCUGGAGACCGUGGUGGGGGCUGGGGGCCCCAUCUGCCUGCUGGCUGGUGGCGAGCCCACCGUGCAGUUGCAGGGCUCGGGAAAGGGUGGCCGGAACCAGGAACUGGCUCUGCGUGUUGGAGCAGAGCUGGGACGGUGGCCACCGGGACCCGUAGAUGUGCUGUUUUUGAGUGGUGGCACCGAUGGGCAGGAUGGGCCCACGGAGGCAGCCGGGGCGUGGGUCAUGCCUGAGCUUGCCAGCCAGGCUGCCGCUGAAGGCCUGGACGUGGCUUCCUUCCUGUCCCGCAAUGACUCACAUACGUUCUUCCGCUGCUUCCGCGGCGGGGUGCACCUGCUGCACACGGGGCUGACUGGCACCAACGUCAUGGACGCUCACCUCCUAUUGCUGCGGCCGCGGUGAUGGCGUAGGUCAUGUUGCAGGAGUACAGAGGAGACCUACGGGGUAGCAGCCUGGGGCAGACCAGGGUUGGUCCCCAAGGCCUCAGCAGGCCUGAGGGCCCCUUCUCUCCUUGGUGCUGGCUGCCUGGGUGACCCUGACACCUCAUACUCAGGGCCUCUGCUCUGUGUUCGUUCCGCCAGCCAGACUGGCAGAUGGGGGCUCUCUCCUCUCCCCCCUUUCUGCCAUGACAGCAGCUAACCCUGAGGACUGGGAUGAGCCCCUUGGCCCGUUUGCUAUUCUUGGUCUUCCCCCACAGCGGGCAGCCCCUCUGCCAAGCUCUUGAGUGUCUUUUCUGUGGGGUGAAGCGAGAAGGACUGCAAAUAAAAAGAACCACACUG